AGGAUGGCGGUGGAGGACAGCACAGUGCAGGUGGUGGUACGGGUGCGGCCACCCAACCCUCGUGAGUUGGACAGUCAGCGGCGCCCUGUGGUGCAGGUGGUGGAUGAGCGGGUACUGGUGUUUGACCCUGAGGAGCCUGAUAGGGGGUUCCCAGGCCUGAAGUCCGGCAGUACCCAUGAUGGCCCCAAGAAGAAGAGCAAAGACCUGACAUUUGUCUUUGACCACGUCUUUGGCGAGGGGGCCACCCAGCAGGACGUGUUCCAGCACACCACCUACAGCAUCCUGGACGGCUUCCUGCAGGGCUACAACUGCUCAGUGUUUGCCUAUGGAGCCACUGGAGCUGGGAAGACGCACACCAUGCUGGGCAGGGAGGGUGACCCUGGCAUCAUGUACCUGACCACCAUGGAGCUGUACCGCCGCCUGGAGGCCCGCCAGGAGGAGAAGCAGUGUGAGGUGCUCAUCAGCUACCAGGAGGUAUACAAUGAGCAGAUCUACGACCUCCUUGAGCCUAAGGGACCCCUCACAGUCCGGGAGGACCCCGACAAGGGAGUGGUGGUCCCUGGACUGUCUUUCCACCAGCCAACAUCAGCCGAGCAGCUGCUGGAGAUGCUGAGCCGGGGCAACCGCAACCGCACACAGCACCCCACUGAUGCCAACGCCACUUCCUCCCGCUCGCAUGCCAUCUUCCAGAUCUUUGUGAAGCAGCAGGACCGGGUUCCAGGGCUGACCCAGGCACUUCAGGUGGCCAAGAUGAGCUUGAUCGACCUGGCUGGCUCUGAACGGGCAUCCAACACCCGUGCCAAGGGGGAACGGCUGCGGGAAGGUGCUAAUAUCAACCGCUCCCUGCUGGCCCUCAUCAACGUCCUCAACGCCCUGGCUGAUGCGAAGGGCCGCAAGUCUCACGUGCCCUACCGGGACAGCAAACUGACGCGCCUACUCAAGGACUCCCUUGGGGGCAACUGCCGCACGGUGAUGAUCGCCGCAGUCAGCCCCUCCGGCCUGGCCUACGAGGACACUUACAACACCCUCAAGUACGCCGACCGUGCCAAGGAGAUCAGACUCACGCUGAAGAGCAACGUGGUCAACCUCGACUGUCACCUCAGCCAAUACGCCACUAUCUGCCAGCAGCUCCAAGCUGAGGUGGCCGCCCUUCGGAAGAAGCUCCAAGUAUAUGAGGCGGGAGCUCAGCUCCAACGACAAUCCCUCCCAGCUUUCCCUGCGUCAGACAUACCACCGCAACACUCCCCUAGGCCAUCCUGCCCGCCCAUCCAGUCCUGUCCCCAAGAGUUCCACGAUGGAUCUGGAACCCUUCAGGAGGAGAACCUGGAGACAGAGGCCCAGGAGGAGAGGGUAGAGAAUGGGGACUCUUCAGGUCAGGAGCGGGACCCGAAGGACAAGGACGGCAGCCCAGCCAAGGAGUUUCCAAGCCAGACUCCAGAACAGAGCCUUGAACGCCUGCCAGAGAGCCCUGGCCUGACCUUGCCAUCCAAGCUGGCUGUGGGUUGCCCCUUGCUACAGAAGCCGGACAGAGAUGGUCCUAAGUGGCUGGCCCUGCAGGCACUGUGCCUGGCCCAGCGGCAGUACUCCCUGCUGCAGGCAGCCAACCUCCUGACCCCUGACAUAAUCACUGAGUUUGAGAUGCUGCAGCGGCUGGUACAAGAGCAGAAGUCGGAGCCUGGGACCCCCAACCUGGCCAGGGAGGCGCCUCCAGCUCAGGAGCUGUCUUCAGAGUCAAUCCCUGAUUUCCCCUCAAUACCCACCCCACUCUCUUGCCUAGAGUCCCCAGGAUACACUGGCCCUGUGACCCGGACCAUGGCAAGGCAAUGGGGUGGCCUCAUGCCCAUGCUGGAGAUCCCACCCAGACCUGACUGCACCCCAACCCAAGCAUCCCGGAGGACCACAGAGAAGAGGAGGAAAAGACCGAAUCCCUCUGAGCCAGACGGUCCCCCAGCCCAAAAGUUGGAGACCAAGCGCCAGCGCCAGCGCCAGUCCUUUCUUCCCUGCCUGCGGAGAGGCUCUCUACCUAAGACCCAGCCCUCACUCGGACCCAGCACCCCCAAAGGGCAAAAAGCCUCCCCUUGCCACACCCCUCGCUUCUGCCCAACCACAGUCAUCAAAAGCCGGGUGCCCCUGGGUCCCUCUGCCCUGCAGAACUGCUCUACCCCCCUGGCCCUACCUACCCGGGACCUCAACAUCACCUUUGAUCUCUCUGAGGAGUCCCCUUCACAACUUGGUUCCCAUGAAUGCAUUGGCUGGGAGAAAAUCCCCCCAGAACUACAAAGACUGGAGCAACCCUUCAUUCCCAGCGAACCUGUGCUCCCGUUCUCCGUUAAGGGCCCCAAGCCCAUGACUUCCCUCCCCAGGACCUCAAUCUGCAAGAGGAGGUGCACUGUAAGUUCCUCAGCCUCCCAGGGCCGCAGCCGCAUUGCUCGCCUCCCUAGCAGCACCUGGAAGAGGCCAGCUGGAUCUUUUGCAAUCCCAGAACCACCCUUGAGUCCCCACUGUGAUGGCAACCAGAGGAGCCAGGAGGAAUUCCCUGGGUCCGGAACAGUGCUGUCAGUUGGCAACUGCAUCGCCAAGGUGUCCUGAUCACCCGGCUGCCCUGACCCACCAGCCCUUGUAGGCUGGCUGCCUCUGCUUGCCGCCUGGAGCCCACGGCGCUGGAAGUCCAUCAGCCUUCAUCCGGGGCGAGUCAAUGUCUGCACACCUUGGCUGCAUGAACAACCCUCCCCGUCCAGCCCUUCCCCCUGUUACCUGCCCUCCAAUCCUUUGUCACACUCUGCUUCUCAGUGUGUGCAAAUUCACUGGGGAGUGCUAAUGUGUCACUGUUUUAAAGGGUGCUACUCUGCCCUCUCCCCAAAUGCUGCCAUUUGUGCAGACCGGCAGCUCUUAGGCUCUUUGCCCUCCUUGGGUCUGACACACUGCUUCAGUGGGUGGAAGGAUGAGCUUGGGAUGGGGGUGGGGUUGGGAGUCCGGGACAGGCUCCUCCUGGUUUCCCAGAGAAGGGGUGACUGCAGCUCCACCUCUCCCGUCCUGGCGCUGGGGGGAAACCAGCCCCGGCUGCUAUCCUGGUGCUCUGAUUUCGACUCAAAGGCAGCUUCAUUAUGUUACUCAGGAGCCACAGCAAUUCACUUGCAGUGUCAAAGACAAGUGGAAAGAGAACGGAGCGAGUCAGCCUUGAUAUCACCACCAGAUGAAAUGCUGGAUGCUUGGUUUAUGUCCUCUGGUCCUGUAUUUUGGCAUAUAUACAUGUAUACACACAGGUGGAUAAAGGUUUUUCUUUACUAUAAUGACUAAUAAG